AUGAAUGCCUCUCAGUAUUCCUCGACCUAUUCCUACCCACCCGGCGUGACGCUGGGCCCGUCAGCCCCCGUUGUACAACACGCACAUGUGAAUUCCUUGGGCUCCAACAAUCCCUUCAGAAACCGGGCGCUGUCUCCCUCUGCCAGUUCUUUCUCUUCCGCCGGUCGACCUGAGCGACCGACCUCAACCAACCCCUUUGACGACCUCGAUUCGCCACAUUCUGCCCCCAUCGGAGGAACCAUGAUCUCGCCGGUCGGAAGUCAGGAUAUGACUUCAAAUACACGCGAUCUCUUCGAAAACCUUUCUAUCAACCCUGCCUCGCAACCUGCCGGCUACAGACCGGCCCCUCCUCGUCCGGAGAAGCCUGCACCAAACGGACAAUCCAGUGAACGAAGGGAUCGUCCGGAACGCCGCGCACGCGAUCCACUAGAUAUCUUUGCUGAUCCUCCGCGAAAUGGCAGCGGUCUCCGUCCAAGUGCCCGAGACAGACCACGCCCCCGUCGCAAUUCCGAGUCGUCAAUCAUGGAGCGCCCCAAGCAGCACAUUGAUACUGAAGAAGAAAGAAAACGCCGGGAGCGCAGACGGAGAGAGCGAGAGGCUCGUGGUAAGGACGGCAAAGAGGGAAAAGCUCGUUCCUCAUCAUCGAAAAAGAACAACUACCAGCUCGACAUUAUCGACAAGCUGGAUGUGACUAGCAUUUACGGAACAGGAAUGUUCCACCACGAUGGACCGUUUGAUGCUUGCAACCCCAAUCGUAACCGUAAGGGCGUGCGCACGGCGCCCAUGCAGGCUUUCCCUAAAGAUUCGGCCAACAUGGCAUUGGGAGGCUCUGGGCCAAACAACCUUGACAUCGAUCACAAUUUGUUCCACGGAAGGACUGAAGAAGGCUUCAACGACUUCGCUGCCGGUGCGAAAAGCGAGCCGCGCAAGACUGAUAACCCACCGAACUUUGACCCCACGGCCCGUAUCGAACCUGUCCAUGGGUCGGAGACUCUGGGAUUGGGAACCAGCACGUUUUUGGACGGGGCCCCUGUGAGUCAAGCGGAGCUUCAGCGCCGGGGAACUACAUCGGAAGGUUCCGGCGGCGGUAUGAACGGUGGUGGUCUGCAGCGCAAGAAGAGUUUGGCACAGAGACUGCGGGGCAUCAACCGCGCUCCCAGUGGCCGCUCUCCGGAAGCUAUGUACACUCCGUCUAUCCCUGCGGGCCACAUUGGUAACAUCAAGGCCAAUGAGAAGAAUCCUUUCUUCCAAGAUUACGAUGACGCGUGGGAGAAGAAAGGCGCUCAGAUCACGUCCUCUGAGGAGGCACGGGAACCUCUACCUGGACGGGCACGUUCGUCGAGCAGCCCCAAGCAGAACACAGGGUUGGAGCGAAGAUUCACCAAUGAACGAUCCUAUGGGGGCUAUGAUGAGAACAAGAGUAGUGGUGGUGGUGGCGGUGGUGGUGGCUUCAUCAACCGCAUGAAGAGUCUGCGGAAGCCCCGGCCAGAGCGGCGUAUCACCAACGAAUGAGCAAGGAAGUGAAUUGAAUAUGUAAUCCGGUCCAAUCCUGUACCCUGUAUGGCCGG